CUCAGACAGGGGGUGCUGAGGAACCCCGAUAGCGGACGGGGUCCCGCGCUGGGAGCGUUCGCGGUCCAGCGGGAGGCUCGGCCUGGCCAAUGGCAGCCGGAGCGCCGUCACUGGCGGAUGGCACGGCGCCCGUCCUUCCUGGCAGCACCACUCCGGGGGACAAGCAACGCAGGGGGCAUGAUGACCUCUGUAUUUUUAGCUGCAGACCCGGGAGCAGAUCCUGUUACUUAUCCGCACCGUGAGCUUGUUCUCUCGAUCUCUCCAGGGGCUUGCAGGAGAGGGCCGUUGCCCUUCCCUGGCCAUGCUGGGAGGAAGCCUGUCCUGGCAUAUACUGCACUGCUGGCAGAGAGCUGGGAGCUGUGCGAUGCUGGGGAUGUCCCUGGGCCAUGCCUGGGCACCCCAGCUCGGUGCCUCCCUGGUGGGGCCAUCUCAUCUCUCAGGCUGCCAAUGAGGCAACUGCCUGUACUGACCGUGGCACACGGGUCUGCUGCUGCUGCAGCCGCUCUGGCAUCUCUGCAAACCAUCCUGCUCAGCACUCCCCUGUUCUAUGCUGGGGCACCAGGCUGCAGCCCAGAGGCCACUGCGCAACCCUUUCCCCAUCCAAGUUUAUUGCUUACUGCUCCCUGCAGCUGGGAGCAGCUGUGGGAGCUUUCUCCCUUGUCUCACCCUGUCUCUGCAUAGACAACCUCUGGAGUGACCAGAGCCUGGAGACGGACCCUGACCUUCCUCCUGGCUGGAGAAAAAUCCAUGAUUCCCUGGGCACCUACUACUGGCACGUGCCCACGGGCACAACACAGUGGCAGCGCCCUGCUCACUCUAGCAACCCAGGAGGAUGUCUGGAGGCUGAUGGAGAGGAAACACUCCAGGAAACGGACUGCCAGGCUUCUGUGGUGAAGCACACAUCAAAAGCCAGGCCUGUUCCCAGCCCCAUGGCCUCACUGACCAGGAGGACCUCGCUGACAUGGCAGGGAGAUGACUUCCAACAGUGUGGUGCAGAGCCCAGCUCCAAGUGCUUUGCUGUGCGUUCGCUGGGCUGGGUGGAGAUCCCCGAGGAGGACCUAGCGCCCGGCAAGAGCAGCAUUGCCGUCAACAACUGCAUCCAGCAGCUCUCCAACAGCCAGGGCCGAGACUCUGCAGACAGCUGGGGAGAGGGCCAGGACCUGGUGAUGAUCCUGAAGAAGGACACCAUGAGUCUGGUGGACCCUCUGGACCACAGCCUCAUCCACUGCCAGCCCAUCCUCAACAUCCGCGUCUGGGGCGUCGGCUGCAACAAGGGCAGGUGCCGGGCGCGGGGCGGGGCCGUGGGUGCGCCGCAGCUCCGUCGCUCU